AUGGAAGAUGUCAUAACCGAGGUCCCACCACCAUCGAGGCUAUUGCCAGAAGACCUCAACAAUUUCACACCUCCACCAUCUCCCCUCCCGUCUCCCUUCCUCGUUUUCCCACCCCUAAAUUCCCAAAAUACCCAUCUCCGCCCCUCGCUCCUUAUAAUCGCCAUGUCAUCCCCUUCCCUCCACUUCCUCCGCCACCUCACCCCGAAAUCGCUUGUCUGCUCUCUAAUCCUCCCCGAGACCCCUCUCGCCGGAAUCUCCGCCGGACCCGACUCGUUUUCCGACAAAUCGUGCAACGUUUACGCUCUCGGCUCAGUCUUCAUCGUCCUCGUCCAGUGCCACGUCAUCCCUGAGCGGGCCCACGCGGUAGCCCGCGCUCUACUCCGUGAAAAAAUCGUGCCCGAGAGGGUUUUGAUUCUCGAUUCCGUUCAGAGCCGUAAUUUUCGGGGCAGGCUGUCGAGAGACGAGGCCGUGGCUUUCAAGCUGGAGACUUCGGUUAUGAAGAAAAGCUCGUUUUUUGUUAAAGGAUUGGGUUACUACCCGUCGGGAAGCGUUGUUGAUGGGCUUGGGGCUGCUUUGUUGGGCUUGUGUGAGGUGAUGAGGAUUGAGGGGACGCUGGUGAUGACGUGGCCUGAUUUGGGUGGGCCUGUGAUGGGCCUGGUGAAGGAUUUGCUGGUGAGGGAUGUGUUGAGUGGGGUUGAGUACAGUGUGGAUGGGGAUUAUGAGGAGGAGUAUUUGAAGCUGAGCCGGAGGAAGGAUCGUGUGGAUAGUGACUUGUACACGUGA